CGUCAUCACCGUUCGCCGCAGAGGAGUCCUGGUGACGUCAGUGUGGAAGCGGCUGGGCAGUGGGAAUGCGGCUGUCAUAAAGAGUUGUGUGAGGAUCAGGUGUAAGGUCAGUGAGUCAUGGCUGCUUUCAGACAGGAGGAUGUGGAGAAGUUCUACGAGAUGGGGGAGGAGCUGGGCAGCGGGCAGUUUGCUAUCGUGCGUAAGUGCCGUGAGAAGAGUACGGGCGUGGAGUACGCCGCCAAGUUCAUCAAGAAGCGGCGUUUAUCAUCGAGCAGACGUGGAGUGAGCCGUGAGGAGAUUGAGCGCGAGGUGAACAUCCUGCGGGGGAUCCAGCACAGCAACAUCAUCACACUGCACGACAUCUUCGAGAACAAAACAGACGUCAUCCUCAUCCUCGAGCUGGUGUCCGGCGGAGAGCUCUUCGACUUCCUGGCUGAGAAAGAGUCUCUGAGCGAGGAGGAGGCCACGCAGUUCCUCAAGCAGAUCCUGGAUGGGGUGCACUACCUGCACUCCAAACACAUCGCCCACUUCGACCUCAAGCCGGAGAACAUCAUGCUGCUGGAUAAAAACGUUCCCAAUCCCAGGAUCAAGCUGAUCGACUUCGGCAUUGCGCAUCAGAUCAAAGAAGGGAAUGAGUUUAAAAACAUCUUUGGAACCCCAGAGUUUGUUGCUCCAGAGAUCGUGAAUUAUGAACCUCUCGGCCUGGAGGCAGACAUGUGGAGCAUCGGCGUGAUCACGUACAUCCUGCUGAGUGGAGCUUCUCCUUUCCUUGGCGAGACCAAACAGGAAACGCUGACCAACAUCUCGGCUGUGAAUUAUGACUUUGAUGAAGAAUAUUUCAGUAACACCAGUGAACUCGCUAAAGACUUCAUACGCAGACUGCUGGUUAAAGAUCCAAAGAAAAGGAUGACGAUUCAGGACAGUCUGGAACACCCAUGGAUCAAGGUGAUAAAGCGGCGUAAUGUGCGUCAGGAGGAUAACGGUGGACGUCGUGGUGAACGGCGGCGUCUGAAAACGACUCGUCUGAAAGAGUACACCAUCAAGUCCCACUCCAGCAUGCCCCCCAACAACACCUACGUCAACUUCGAGCGUUUCUCCCGCGUGCUGGAGGAGAUCGCCACUGCCGAGGACGCGCUUCACCAGCUCGAGCACAACCGCCGCGCCUGCCGCGAUGAUGUCACGGCCCUGACGUCCAUCUUCGAGGAGAAGGAGAGCUGGUACAAGGAGGAGAACGAGAGCAUCGGCGCCGAGCUGACCCGCAUCCGAUCCGAGCUGCAGCGCACCCAGAGUCAGCGCCGCCACAACCAGGAAGAGACGCGCAACACCACGCUCACCGCUAACGCACUCAAACGCAAGCUCACACGCCUCCAGGGGAAGUAUGAUGCGCUGGCUGAGCAAAUGGCCUCCGAAGUGCGUUGGGUUGAAGAGUUGGUGCGCUCCAUCGCCAUCGACAACGGUGAAGAGCACAGCACCGGCCUGGCGUGAACCGGAUCAAAAGUCCGAGAGCACUAGAUGCGCUGACUGCUUGAGUUUGAUCUCACCGUACGUUUUACAUCAUUUAUCACAAUUUACCAUGUUGUAACAUCUCGAGGGGGAAGAACAUUCUGUCCGCCAUCUUCAGGGCUCAUCGGCUCCGGUCCGGUGAACAGAACGGUGUGAGGGUCGGGGAAAUCUGGUGCGAGAUGUUUACGGUGUGUUUAGUGUUCCGUUCUAGCUGCAUGUUCUAUCCUGUUACUGUCACUAACAUUGAACCCGUCCUCCGCACACGGCUCUUCAGGGCAGGCUCGCUCGCUCGCUCGCUCACUCAUGUCUUCCUCUUUUCUGUUUGCUGAAUCGAAAGUGCCGAGUGCUCAGGGUGUUAUGAGGUGUCGUAAGGAUGUCUUAGUGCUGUGUAAUGUUCAUCAGCUCGGUGAGAUUUUCACUCUGCGUUCAGCAGCAGGCUGAAAAUCUCAUCCGGAGAGGAGGUGAGAUAAAUCCCCUGGACACUACUACACAUGUGCCUUGACUGCGGGUUGGAUCGUGGGUGUGCGCGGAGUGUGUGUGUGUGUGCGAUGUGAGCACGAUCCCAGACUGCGAGUGUGAAACUGUGUGUUCUGCGCCGUUGGUUUAGUCAGCGGUGCUAAAGUGGUGCUAGUCAUCUAGUUACUCUGAUGAAAAUGGGCUCAGAUGUUUGGUGUGUGUGUGUGUGUGUGUGUGCGUGUGCUUUAAAACACACCAGCUAUAACCUCAUAAACACAGAUGAAUUAUUAUUAUUAUUCUCUUUACAUCUCAGUGGAUUCAGACUUUUACACUUUGCUUCGAAAUGAAGCACCAUGUUGCUAUGCAAUGCUGAAUUUCCUUACAGCGCCAGUCAAAAGUUUGUGCACCCCUACUCUACUAAUUGACAGGUGUUUCUGUAUCAUGACGAUUCUCUACACUGUAGAACAAAACUGAAGACGUCAAACACUAUGAAAUAACAUCUGGAAUUAUGGGGUAAAAAAAAUUAAGUUUGAUAUUUUAGAUUCUUCAGCGUAUCCAGCGUUCCCCUUGAUGACGCUUUCCACUCUAUUGUCAUUCUCUUAACCAGCUUCAUGACGGAGUCACCUGGAACGCGUUUCAGUUAACAGCUGUGCCUCGUCAAAAGGUCAUUAGUGGACGAGUUUCUUACCUUCUUAAUGAGUUUGAGAUCAAACCGUGAAUAAUAAAAAUACUCUCUAAAAAAUAGCCCUGUUCCAUCCACAACUGUAAUCCAUAUUACACCAAGAACCGAACAACUGAGGAAAGAGAAACGACAUCCAUCAUUACUUUAAGACAGGAAGUGACUUUUAGUUCAUAAAAAUAAAGAAUAAACGCUGAAUUAGAGGUUUUGACUGAUGCUGUAUUUUAACCUUAAUGUUUUCAGCAGUGUGUUUUUUGGUGCUUUGCUGUCUGUCACUGUCUCUUUCAUUUUGUAAAACAGGGUAAAUGUAAGUGUGAUGAAUCUGUAGUGUAAGAAUGUGUUCCUGUUCAUAGCGUUGACUUGCGUCAUUCCGGUUUUGCAUGACAUUCCAUACAGCAGCUGAUCGCAUCCAUUAACCUGCUGUUUACACGACGUUCUGUUCUGUUCUGUUCUGUUCUGUCAACAUUAAAGAUAAAUUCAGUAAAAA